UCCAGAGAAAAAGCCACCAUAAAUUGGGGGGUAGAGGCUGAAAGGGGGGCGCCGGUCGCUGCUGUGCAAUAAAAGGCACCCCCUUGCACAGACAGGUGCAAAGAAGGGACGCGCGCUAAAGGAGAGGCACCUUUGGAGAGGUAUCCUCAGCCAGGCGCGCAAGAAUUGCGCACGGGGAAGAGUGAAGCGUGCAAACACAAAAGAGCUGCGCACGGAGAAGAGUGAAGGGUGCAAACACAAAAGUUGCACCUGGAGGGGGGGGAGUCUCUCUCCAGAGAGUGCAGUUGCAACAACCUCCCGCCACCCCAAGGCUUCCCAAAGGAGAGGCAAAGAAAGCGUCCGAGGCGUGCGCCCGGCUAGCUGGUGCGCAAAGUGGAGGCGCCGCCGGGAUCGCCUCUGCGCCGCCGGGCCGGCUUGCUUUCCGGAUUCCCAGCCCUCUUCCCGAGCGGAAGUGCCGCCGUGGUGCCGGAGCCCUCCCCUCUGCCCUCCCCACGCGAGCCGACGCCUCCCCCAGCAACCCCGGGGGAAACUUUGUUGUGAUCGCCCCUCGCGCUCGCCGGAGAGAGAUCCGCGGCUCCUCGUCGCCCGCGCCGGAUGGUGGGAUUUUCUUGUCUGGAAAGCAGCGAUCGGAUGGCCUGUGGCUUUUGCGGCGUCCUUCGUGAACGGUCAGGAAUUUAUUACCUUCUCGGGAGCUGAUUUCCUCCUUGCUUUGGCUUCCUUUGAAAAAGCAAAAAAUCCGCGGCGGCUCUUGCGAAUGUUUUGAUCGUGUCAGUUUCAGAUGGAAACUGACCAAGAACGAAGGAAGAAGCAUUUUACGCUUCGCCGGUGGCUGGGAAAACAAAGCUUCCAGAAGUGAAUGCUAUUUUGGAACACGGGGACGACACUUCUGUGUGUUGGAAACUUUUCUCCCUCCAGGGCUGCAGGGGAGAGAGCGACAGAGACGAACGUUUCUUCUUCUGUUCCCUCUUCUGUUGCUUUCGGGUUAAAAAGUUCACGUGAACUCUGAGGGUGCCCCGUGGAGAAGGAAGGGUUGUGUGUUUGUGUUCUUUUUCAAACCAAGGCGUGACCCAUUCAGUUUUGGAUUGAUUUGCGACUUUUCUUCCUCCUCCUCCCCCCCUCCGGAGGGUUGUGGCUUUCGAAGCGGACCCAAAAGGGAUUACAGGAAUUUGCAAAAUAUUUUUGUUUGGAUUGUCGACAAUAGCAGUGAGCUUUCUUCUUUCUCUCUGCACAAAAGGCACCCCCUCCCCGCACCCUGGUGUGUGUUGCACUGGAUGUACUUUCAAAAGCUCUAUUUUUUAUAAAACAAAUAUCUUUAGAAAGAGGAAAAUCUUGGAUCUUUCUUGGAUAGCAAUGGUUAAUCUUUACAUGCAAUUUUAGUGUAAACAAAAAAAAGGCAGAUGGUUCAGGCAGAACCGGUUUGCAAGAGAAAAUCAACACGAGGAUGCCAAUUUUCUGGUUAUUUAUGCAUCUGACUGAGGCCAUAUCUAUCACCUAAAACACGGGGGUCAAAAAUGCUGUUCAAUUUGCCCCAGGCAUGUUUUUCUUAGCCAGAGCAUGCAGACAGCAAAGUGGCUGGAAUUUAUAAACCUCGGUGCUAAUUCGUAAGAAAAGGAUAAUUAUAUUGUUCUUUCCCGGGAGAGUCUGCAAAGCCUUUCUUCUUCUUUACCACUGAGCUGUUGUAGAUUUCAAGGCACCAGAGAAGUGUUGUAUUUCAGCUGACUGGUAGCAACUUCAGUAGUGGCUGGGGCUGCUUCCAAGGAACAGCCAUGGCGCUGAAAGCCAGAGCCCUUUACAACUUCCAGAGCGAAAACAAGGAAGAAAUUAGCAUCCAAGAGAAUGAAGAGCUGGUAAUCUUCAGCGAGAACUCUCUGGACGGAUGGCUGCAGGGGAUGAACAGCCGGGGAGAGAAGGGUCUUUUCCCUGCAUCCUAUGUAGAGAUCCUUCGCUCCAGGUCAGCCUCAAUGCAUACGGACCAUUCCGGCAGCCCCAGUGGGUCCCCUGCAAAUGGGUCGUCCUUCUACGUGUCCCCUUCCAACACCAGCAUCUCCCACCAGGGAAGCUUUGAAGAUGACGACGAUGAUGACUGGGACGAUUGGGACGACGGGUGUACGGUGGUGGAAGAACCCCGAAGUGGAUCCAGCACCAACGGGCAUCCUUCUCCCAGCCUUCAGUAUCCCGGGCCAUACCUUCACCACAACAAUAUGGACUCCCGGCCCAAACCCACUCUGGAGAGGCAGGACAGCAUCACGUCUUCCAAGAGGGGCAGCGUUGUGGGGCGGAAUCUGAACCGCUUCUCUUCCUUUGUCCGGUCUGGAGUAGAGGCCUUCAUCCUGGGAGAUGUGCCGAUGCUGUCCAAGAUCGCCGAGGCCUACUACAUCGACAUGGGCUCCAAGGGUCCCCAGUGGCGAUCUAACCCACACCCUCUGAUGUGCUCGGUGGAGGACCCAACCAAGCAAACCAAAUUCAAGGGCAUCAAGAGCUACAUCUCCUACCGGCUGACUCCCAGCAACAGCAAGUCGCCAGUCUACCGGCGGUACAAACAUUUUGAUUGGCUGUACAACCGCCUGUUGCACAAGUUCACGGUCAUCUCCGUGCCGCACUUGCCCGAGAAGCAAGCGACGGGGCGCUUCGAGGAGGACUUUAUUGAGAAGCGCAAACGGAGGUUGAUCUUGUGGAUGGACCACAUGACCAGCCAUCCAACGCUUUCGCAGUACGAGGGCUUCCAGCACUUCCUCAACUGCCAUGACGACAAACAGUGGAAGAUGGGCAAGCGUCGGGCGGAGAAAGACGAGAUGGUGGGAGGCAGUUUCCUGCUGACCCUCCAGAUCCCGACGGAACACCAGGACCUACAAGACGUGGAGGACAGAGUGGACACUUUCAAGGCCUUCAGCAAGAAGAUGGACGACAGCGUCCUGCAGUUGACCAACGUGGCUUCCGAGCUGGUGCGGAAGCAUGUGGGAGGCUUCCGCAAAGAGUUCCAGAAGCUGGGAAAUGCAUUCCAGGCCAUCAGCCACUCCUUCCAAAUGGACCCGCCUUACAGCCUGGAUGCACUCAAUGGCGCCAUUUCCCACACGGGCAAGACCUAUGAGGUAGUUGGGGAGAUGUUUGCUGAGCAGCCCAAGAACGAUCUUUUCCUCAUGUUGGACAUGCUGUCCUUGUACCAAGGACUCCUUUCCAACUUCCCAGAUAUUAUUCAUCUUCAGAAAGGCGCCUUUGCCAAGGUGAAGGAAAGCCAGCGAAUGAGCGACGAAGGGAAGAUGGACCAGGAUGAGGCGGACGGGAUCCGGAAACGUUGCCGCGUGGUGGGCUUCGCCCUGCAAGCCGAAAUGAACCACUUCCACGAGAGGCGCAUAUUGGACUUCAAGAAGAUGAUGCAGUCUUACCUGAAGCAACAAAUCCUCUUUUACCAGAGAGUCAGUCAGCAGUUGGAGAAGACUUUGCGGAUGUAUGAUAAUCUCUAGUGUUUUUCUAAACUUCAGUUGCCCGGCUUCUCUUUUGAACCGGGCGGCCUCCGAUGCGGAUCUUCCAAGCCCUGUCCUAUCAAUCAAGGUUAUUUGCUACACUUAUGCUGGGACCGUUUUGUUUUUUUUACUCUAUCCUCCUUGGAGAAAAAACUUUAUGAAACGCAUAGUGUAGCCAGAUCUGUCCAUAUAAAGUUGGAAAAGAUGGCGUGUCGGAGUCAGGGAAUUCGACUUCAUGUACAAAAAAAAAUAAACACCAAGCAGGAAAAAGGGAAGCUUACGGAACUUGUGACCAAACUCCAUAUUUAAACUCCAUUGUUUCAUUCGAACCGGUUUGCUGAGAUUCAGCAAACGACAUUUGUGACAUUCCAGCGAAUAUAUCCUCCUCCUUCCUCAAGAGGAGGCCCUCCUUUGUUUUUCACACACACACACACACCAGCCCUUGCCUCCCUGCAACACUGUUUACAUGAAAAAAGUUAUCUUUCGUUGUUGUUUUUUUUUUAAAAAAAAACAGAACUGUUUUUUUUUCUUCCUCAGGCUUGAUUUUCUAGAAUUACGUCCUCCUAAUUAUACAAGCGAAAUAAAGCAUAACCCCUCCAAUAAAUGAGACGUGGCUUGCAAAUGGCUCUGUACUCUUCUAAGUGCUGCUUAAAUGGGUUACAAUAACUAAUAAGGAAGGGGGUAUUAAUUGUGGGGGUGGGAGAAUGCACACAUAAAUGGCUUUUUUAACGGAAAUGGUGAAAAGAAGGCACUGAGACCUUUGUGAAUUGUUUUUAAAUGGCAUGAAGGAAAUAAGCAUUUAUUUUGUAC